CAUGAACGAGCCGGGACCAAUCCACGCAGCCCUACCGAAGCGCACGGUUCCUCCGCCGAGAUAGGGAGGAAAAAAAGACAGAAAAGGGAACCGAGCAUCUGAAGAACAAAUAGAAUACGGACUUGAGCAGAAUACCGUGUGGAUUCUGUUUCCGUCGUUACCGGUUUAUAUCUGGAUAUAUACACUGGAUUAAUAUGCAGCGGAGACGGGCGCAAUGGAUACGGCAAUGGCCCGAGCAUAUUGAAUAGCUCGCUGGAAGAGAGGGGGGAGCUCGCGACGCGAAAAGGAAAGACAUUAUUUGGGGAUAUAAUACGGAAACACAGGACUCCUUUGAACCUUGACAUACCUCAACUACGGGCUUAUUUAAUGGCGUCCAUUUCCACCGAUCGUUGUCUUAUUAACACCUCAGAUAUUAAACGCAUCGAGGUCGAAUCACGGUGGAUCGCCUAUAUAUGAAAACCACAGGGACGACCAUUAUCCGGCCUCGAAAUCAAAAGACAUCCACCCGAUCCGACCCCACGCCGUCGACUUUCGCCCAGGCUUAACAUGGAUUUUAACGGGAGCGGUGGAGGAAACGAACUGCACAACAAUCAGUUUUAUCCGUCCGAAGAGAGCAAGCCGCUGCUGGGGGAAAUGUCCGCGCAACAGCCGCUCGCGCCGGAGGGAAAUAAUAACCAUAAAGCGGGGCCCUGUAGCAAGAGGACCCUGCUUCACAACAGCAGCGGCAUGAGAUACAAACUGCUCCAGGAAGGAGACAUCCAGGUGUGCGUGGUCAAACACCCGCGGACCUUCCUCAGUAAAAUCCUCACCUCCAAGUUUUUACGGAGGUGGGAGCCGCACCAUCUCACCUUGACGGACGGGAGUCUGGUGUCUGCCACGCCUACCGGGUAUAUGGAGGCCCCUCUGUCUUACAGCACCAUAGAAGACCUGCAGCUGUUGUCUUGGGACAAUGCACCUAAAUACUGUGUCCAGCUAAGCUUCCCUGGAGGGACAGUCCUCCUGCAGGCUGCUAACAGCUAUCUGCGGGACCAGUGGUUUCACUCUAUACAGUGGAAGAAAAAGAUCUACAAGUACCGCAAAGUGUUGAACAACCCAAGCCGCUGGGACGUGGUGCUGAAGGAGAUCAGAGCUCUGGUGGACAUGGCCCUGACCUCACCUCUGCAGGAUGACUCCAUCCAUCAGGCACCACUGCACAUCAUCUCCACCCUGCUCGCUGAGAAUAGUAACCUCAGCGCUCAGGACCAUGAGAACAUCAUUGUGGCCAUCGCACCCCUUCUGGAGAAUAACCAUCCUCCUCCUGACCUAUGUGAAUUCUUCUGCAAGCACUGUAGGGAGCGCCCCCGCUCGAUGGUGGUGAUUGAAGUGUUCACACCUGUGGUUCAGAGAAUCCUCAAACACAACAUGGACUUCGGGAAAUGCCCCAGACUCCGUCUCUUUACUCAGGAGUAUAUUUUGGCUCUGAAUGAACUGAACGCCGGCAUGGAAGUAGUAAAAAAGUUCAUACACAGCAUGCAUGGUCCCACCGGACAAUGCCCUCAUCCUCGGGUGCUCCCCAAUCUUGUGGCAGUGUGCCUGGCUGCCAUCUAUUCUUGCUAUGAAGAGUUCAUAAACAGUCGAGACAAUUCUCCCAGUUUGAAGGAGAUCCGGAACGGCUGCCAACAGCAGAGUGAGAGGAAACCUCCUAUGCCCCUGCGCUUGCUGCGGCCCGAGCCUCCCACGCCACCCCCGACCACCGCUCUCUCUCCUCCUCCCGCCCUGCCGCUUUCACCUCCGCCUUCUAUCGUCAACUCCAGCGAGAUCCUUGUGGAGCUGGAGCGUAACAACAACAACACAAACACGUUGAAAAAAGCCCCGGUGGAGGGCGAUAACGAACCCAACCUGAUCGACUGUCUGCUGGUCAGCCCGGCGCUCAACGCCCUGUCCAUUCAGCUGCCUGCACACGCCGACAGAGUGCUGGGCUGUUUUGCUCUUAUUCUCAAGAUGCUAUCAGACUACGAUGACUGGAGACCAGCACUGGCCAGCCUUCUACAACCCAUCCCCUUCCCAAAAGAGGCCCUCGCGCAUGCCAAAUUUACAAAAGAGUUGAAAUACGUCAUUCAGAGGUUCGCCGAGGACCCCAGACAAGAGGUCCACUCCUGUUUGCUCAGUGUACGCUCUGGAAAGGACGGGUGGUUCCAGCUGUACAGUCCAGGGGGCGUGGCUUGCGAUGAUGACGGAGAGUUGUUUGCCAGCAUGGUCCACAUCCUGAUGGGCUCCUGCUACAAGACGAAGAAGUUUCUCUUGUCGCUGGCUGAAAACAAGCUGGGACCCUGCAUGCUCUUGGCCCUGCGAGGGAACCAGACCAUGGUGGAGAUCUUGUGUCUUAUGCUGGAGUAUAACAUCAUCGAGAACAAGGACACACAGCUACAGAUCAUCUCCACCCUGGAGAGCACCCAAGUCGGCCUGCGUAUGUACGAGCAGCUGUGCGACAGGCAGAGGGAGCUUAAAGAACUGCAAAGAAAAGGAGGACCUACUCGACUCACUCUGCCAUCUAAGUCUACAGAUGCAGACUUGGCUCGUCUCCUGAGCUCCGGUUCCUUUGGGAACCUGGAGAACCUUAGCCUGGCGUUCACCAACGUCACGAGUGCCUGCGCUGAACAGCUCAUCAAGCUGCCGUCCCUCAAACAGCUCAACCUGUGGUCCACUCAGUUUGGGGAUGUCGGGCUUCGCUUACUGUCCGAGCAUCUGGCCUGUCUGCAGGUUCUGAACUUAUGUGAGACUCCGGUCACGGAUGCUGGCCUGCUCUCUCUCAGCUCUAUGAAAAGUCUGUGCAGUCUGAAUAUGAACAGUACUAAACUCACUGCGGACACGUAUGAGGACCUGAAGGCCAAACUACCCAACCUAAAGGAAGUAGAUGUUCGCUACACCGAGGCAUGGUAAACACCUUCAGCAUCAUCAAGACUGGAGGAGAUGUGUAAACACAGGAAAUCGCUGACACAUCAUCGGAACACAACAUCAUAAUCACCAACACGGAAAACAAUAUUUAUAGGAACAUCAUUCGAACACGAGGAUCUUCUGAUAUUAUCAUAGGACUGACUAGUAUCUCACAAACACAAGGACGCUCUUUACAGCGCCAUCAAAGUGCAAAAAUUUGUCUCGUGAUAUCAUCAGACAGCACAGGAACCUUUCUUAUGACAUUGUAAAGGGGACUUUGGUUGUCUUGCCUUUAUAAUCACCCCUCAGAGGAACCGUGUCUUUUGUCCUUGAGCGUGUACGUCAGCUUAAACUAUGGAUUUAAAUCCUAGUCCUUUUUCCCACAAGUUGAUUUGUCCCGGUCUCCUUGAACCACCUGGAUUCAUGUCCCCUGUGGUACCAGCAUCUGAUGAAGGCCUGAAUAUUCAGAGCCACAUUCCAGGACAGUUUUGAUAUCACCUCCUGCGUGGAAAGCCAACAUUUCCACAAAACGUUUCGUUUUGAUUUCGCGUGCUUUGUCGGUCAUUUCACAUCCUGAAAUCUCGUAUCGCGUGCACUGUAAUGAUGUCCACUUCUUCACACAUUCAUCUCUCUCCGUCGCUCUGAAAAAAAGUCUUUUUUUAUCAACUUGAAUAAGCAUAUUUUUCCAUACACCGCUUUCACAUGUGCGUUUGUAAAGAAAAAACGAUGUAUCCCCAUUUUUAAAGUAGACACUUAAGGUGCUUUGCUCUUCAUCGUGACGUUGUACAGUGUCAUUUUAAUUUUACACCCAUAUUUAAGAGCACGUCGUCCAGGAAGUAGUCUGGGACUACUCUGUAUUUAUGAUUCCCAUUUAUUUGGUCCUUUUUUUCCUUAAAUUCUUUUGUCAAGCAUACUGAACCAAGAUGGUGCCUAAAAACAUUUCCUGUAUAGACCUAUUAACUCUGAGGAAAGCUGUACAUAGAUGAUGACUUUUAAACUGAUUAUUAGGCUUUAUUAUUCUCCGUAAACUUGCUGUGGUCGCCUCUAGUGGUCAGUAGAAGUCCACCACGAGUGUCCUGCCAUAACGGUUAGCAAAAUAUUCAUCAUAUUUAUAUAAAAACGAAAUAUCGAGCCAGAUUUGUGCUACGUCCAUUAUGACUUUGUUUUCUUGCUUUCGUGAUUGUCUCUUUAAACGUGUAGUUCAUCACCACUGUAUGUUGACUAGUAGAGAGAUGUGUUUUGAAGGAGACAGAUCAAAUUAUUUGUCGAACGAAAUAUCUCAUAUAAAAAAGCAGUCGAGCGGUCAGUUUAAGUAACAGUCAUAACUUAAAUCGGAUGUUUUUUUUAGAAACUCUUUUUCUGAUCCGUGUUUACAAAGGAGUGUCUGUUUUUACUCCCACUUAAAGACUAUAGAUAGAUGGACUGUGCUACGAGUUGCGGCACCGUCUGUGUGGCCAGUCUUGAACGUAGUGGUUUUUGAUAGGCGUGUGCUUUCACAUACACACCGAUGUAGACGCCGUUUGGGGGAUUACAGUACCGGGUGCCAUAACCGGCAUCGACUUGUGUUCUGCCAUGUUGCGUAGUUGCAUACUGUAUAAUGUACAUAUGAGUGUAUAUAAUUUCCCCUCUCUUGACAAAUGUGUGUUUCUCCUCACGUUUGGGAGACUAUUGUUGCCUUCAUUUCUGCGAUGAGUGCAUAUGGUCACCUGUCUUUCUUCACCCUCCUCCCACUGACCAAAUGCACUGACAUUGUGUUUGACGAAAAUUGCUUUUAAUUAUAUUUUUGACUAUUUGUUUCAUCCA